AUGUCGGUCAUUUGCACAGAAAUCACCGCUCAAUGCCCUGUCGAAGCAACCACAUACGGCUACUAUCCCAAUCUCACCGGGAUAUUCAUCGGGUCUGAUAUGGGAUCUUUUGUCUUGCAAGCAGCUGGCGGAGGCGUUGUCAAUGGAGCUGGAACUAACCAGGCCAUUCUUGAGAUGGGAAAUAAUAUCAUUAUUGUGGGGAUUGCCUUCCAAGUUGCCGCAAUGUCUAUGUUUGGGUUCCUAGUGUUGAACUUCUUCAUUGCAUCUAGGAAGCAUCUGCGCGAAGAUUUCCAGGGAGACGCUGUGACUGAAAAGCCUCAACAAAAAGUCUGGUUUAUACUUGCUGCAGAGAUUGCCGCCUAUAUCACCGUUCUCAUUCGGUCAUUUAUCGGCGAGCUAUUCCAGUUUGAUCUAACACAUGGAGCGGUCACUAACUCGAUCUAG